GGUUCAGACUGCGGCCGGCCAGGCAGGCAGAGUGACUCUUGCUGGUGGCCGCAGCACCCGUACCCCUCGGAAGAGCAGAAGAAGCAGCUGGCGCAGGACACGGGGCUCACCAUCCUGCAAGUCAACAACUGGUUCAUUAAUGCCCGGAGACGCAUCGUGCAACCGAUGAUCGAUCAAUCCAACCGCACAGGGCAGGGUGCAGCCUUCAGCCCAGAGGGCCAGCCCAUCGGGGGCUACACCGAGACGCAGCCACACGUGGCCGUCCGGCCUCCGGGAUCAGUGGGGAUGAGUUUGAACUUGGAAGGAGAAUGGCAUUAUCUAUAGAGGCUGGAUGCAGGAGAGGUGUGAGUGUCUAAGGGCUAGGGAUUGUGCAAUUCUCAAACUUCCAUUAGACCUCAGGACUCCGAGAAUGGGCACAUCCAGAGUAGUGGGUCAGCCUGGGUCUCGGUACUGCGGGUUCCCUGAGGCUUGAUGGGAAGAUGUUUCAUUCAUCCAUCUGUCCGUCCAUCCAUCCAUCAUCCGUCCUUCUCCUCCAUCUAUCCAUCCAUCUACCCAUUCACUUACCCAUCCAUAUCUUUAUCCAUCCAUUACUCAAUUACUCAUCCACCCACAAUCCAUCCAUCCAAACCUAGUCCACCCACCUACCCACUCAAUACCCAUCUGACCACACAUUCACCCACUUAUUCCAUUCAUCUCUCCACUCACCAACCCACUCAUCCAUCUACCUCCACACUGACCAACCACCCACACAUCUACCCGUUUAUCUGUGCAUUCACCCACCUCCCUACCCAGGCAUCCACCCAUCUACCCAUCAGCUCACCCAUCCAUCCACCCACACAUCCCAUUAUCCAUAUAUCCACCUACCCACCACCUAAUAUCCAUCCAUACAUACAUACAUACAUACACCCAUUCAUCUAUGAUACAUGUCCAAACAUAAAUUGAGCCCUUGGCCGGGUGUGACAGCUCACGCCUGUAAUCCCAGCACUUUAGGAGGCCAAGACAGGUAGAUCACCUGAGGUCAGAAGUUCGAGACCAGCCUGGCCCCAUCUCUACUAAAAAUACAAAAAUUA